GUUAGGACAGAGUCGAUUCUUUAUCACGAGAUUUCUUGCGGCUGCCUACAUCUCGAUGGAUGAUGACCUGUGCAGGCGGUGCUCGAGCGCAAGAUAUAAGGAGUAAGUUAACACGGAUGGCAAUGCGCGUAUGCCCACCUGAUCGCUAGUGGAGUACAAAAGGGAUGAUGGGUCAACUCAGCUCUAGCUCAGCUCUAGCUCAGCUCGAACUGGCACGAGGGUGAUUGGAGUUUCGGUCGCAUUUUGACCCGUCCCACCUCCAAAUCUGCCGUCCCCGAAUGAAUCUCGCCCUCCCACGCCGUCUUUUUUGGUAGUUGGGGAAGCUCUUUCAGAUCGUUUGCGGCCUUGAACGCGUCAAAUUUCUUGCGGGGCAUGGCCGGUGACGUUGUCGGAGAAACUUUCGAGUUUCCGUGUCUGUUGGUCGUCGAGGAAUUUCGAGGAAAAAACGGACGAGACUAAUGUCUUAUCCUUGAUUCUGUCCUCUUCUUCUUCUUGUAUCCAUCCACUUUCUCGAGACGCUGGUUGCACCCUCUUCAAUGCAUGGAAUCAGAUUUUCAAUGUUUGUCAGUGGUCGAUUACGCUGGCUGAAGGAAGUGACCAUAUUCGUUCAUCGGUUGUUUUGAUUGACCCUGUUAUUGAAGAGGGUUUUUGAGGAUCGCGUCUAAGAUCUGAGUUCUCGCAAGCUGAGAGGGGUGCUUCGAUUCUGAAUCUAUAUUGGGUAGCAUCGACCGGACAAGCUUUUGUGGCAUCAUGGGUACUAUCCCGGAUACAGUUCACUAUUGUUCGGUGUCAAGGGGAAACAGAGUACUUUAUGCCUACAAUGGGGGCAACCCCGAGCUAGAUAACUUGGGCGCCUUGUGCUUGGAAAGCACUCCUGCUUUCCAUAGAUGGUACUUUGAGACUGUGGGUAAGAGGACCUUUGGGUUUCUGAUCGAAGAUGGUUACGUCUAUUUUGCGAUUCUUGAUGAGGGUCUCAGGGACCGGGGCAUCCUACAGUUUCUAGAGCGCGUGAGGGACGAGUUCAAGAAGAUUACUAGAAAGGGCUCGAGGGGAAGUUUGUCUAGUAUUAACUCGGUCAUAGUUCAGGAAAAGCUAGUACCUGUAGUACAGCACUUGAUAACUUCGCUGGAGCAAGUUCCUCAGGGUGGUGAUGACUGGCCAAUUGAAAUUGCUGCAUUGGAUCAGGCAGGCUUGUCCCCGUCCCCAAGUAACAUGAAUGGGGUAAAUGAAAUUCGUAGCUCCACUAAAGCCCCUUUGCUGGGCAAGAUCGGUGUGCAAGAGAAGAAGAAGAACAAGGAUCAUGUUCUUGUGUUGCGGGAUAUUGAAUUGGAGGAGCACCGGCGGUCAUCCGACAGAGGAGUCAAAGUUGAUUCUGCUGGCCUGGACUCUACCAGCCUUAGCAGAUCAGGUUCUGCUGUCUUAACGCAGAAGGAUUAUGGUUCCAUGCGGAAUAGAUCAGGUUCACAAAACAUUAGAAAGAGGUGGUGGCGCCUAGUUCGCAUUGUUCUUGCCAUUGAUGCUGCUGUCUGUGCAGUCCUCUUUACCAUUUGGUUAAUGAUUUGUCUCCGAACUGAAUGCAUGCGCUGAGGAAUUUUCUUCCCCGUGAUGCUGCAAUUUUUCUCAUUCAAUGAGGGCUUCCAGUUUCACAGAUCAAAGCAGCUGGCUUCUUGGUCAUUUUGAGGUCAUGAAGCGGACUUUUUCUGAGGAAGGCUCUGAAUGGGAUGUUCUUGAUAUUGUCGACCGCCCCAUAACCCUAUUGGAGGUAAAGUGAUUUACGUUGUAUCUAUGAUACAGUGAAAGUCAUUGGGUUUAGGUUCCACCAUGCAAAGGGAAAGAACGUUAAGAUGAUGAGAGACAAUAGGGAUCUUGGUUGGAGUGUCUAUACCACACUUGCAUUGGUUACAGCUGUAAUUAUUUUACAUGUUGAAAAUGCGAGUCUCCCUUUUUCAUUAUAAGUUAUAUUUGUAGUUGCACCUCUGUAGUGUCGAAAACACGUUGUAAAUGUUGCAGUUUUUUACCUACAUGAUUGAUCCGUUUGUAGUACAUGUCGUUGUUAAAAUCUAAUUGCACUUUUUUUAUGAUUCUUGUUUUUCA